UUUCUAUUCCGCUAUAAAAACUGGAGUCCCUGGCUGUUGAAAUUCAUUCCGUCUUGUGCCUUCCAAUCCAAACCAUCUCCUCAACAUGUCUCGCUUCAUCGCCGUGCUCGUCGCUUGUGUUUUGGCCGUGAUGCUGGUGGGUGUCGAUGCGCAGGGCCGUUAUUAUUUCAGCCGCAACGCCAUGCCGACCAUCGUCCGCUACCAGCAGCCAGUCCAGCAGAGCUAUCCGGUCCGCCAGAACACUUACGCCGCCCAGCAGCAGUACAACCCGUACGCUGGCAACUGGGCCCGUCCGGUUGUCUCAGUCCCUCAACAGCAAUACCGACCCAGCAACUAUUACGGCUACAACUCUGUCGAAAACAAUUCCGGCGAAUCCCGUGAAGUUUACCGCGGAUAUUGGUAGAUAAUACACCCAAUCAAUCAUCAAACAGAUUCCAGGUGUAUUACACGAUCCAUCCCUGAAGCUGUGCGGAUUGCUGGACCAAUAUCGCUGCCUUGAAAAACAAACUUUGCGAUCCUUGACGGUGGUGGCGGAGUAAAUUCAUUUUUGUAUUCGGAAAUUCGAGCAAUAAAAUUUUAAAAAAUA